UGCGACUUUUCUGCGAAACGAAUAGCGCAAAUGAUAACACAAUUCAUACUUGUGUAGUAUUUGCACGCUUCAACACGCUUCUACAGAAACAUAUAAAAUAGAAGAUAGAAUAUUAACAAAAACAAAUCCACGCACAAUUUAGAAUCGAAACCACCCAACAAAAUGGCAAUACAAAGUGUUUGGCAGAAGAUACAAACCUACUUCAAUGUGCUAAAUCAUUGCAUGAUUUCAAUUGUAGCGGUUUAUAUGACAUUUUUCUGCUAUAACGUCGGAAAUAGGCUUAUUACAUGGCAUGUUUGGCUGUGUUCAAUUGGGUACCAAUUGUUGAUGACCCAAUCAAUUUUGGUGUUUUAUUCGGAAAAUGCUUGGUCGAAGCAACAUACGAGAAAAACGCAUAAGACACUUCAUUGGAUAUUGCAAGGCUUGGGAUCAUCAGCUGCGAUUGCAGGAAUGAUUGUUGAAUUUAUCAACAGAUGGCAAGACUCAAAGAAUCAUUUCAUCAGCACUCACUCGAUUAUUGGCUUGACAGCGUUUAUACUCACGAUACUUGGCAUGUUGAAUGGAGUCUCAGCACUUUGGGCAGCUGAGCUUCGAACGUAUGUGAAGCCAGUUUAUCUGAAAUUCGCACAUAAUUUGAAUGGAAUCGCCGCUUUUGUAUUAGGAAUGGUUGCGCUUUAUUUCGGCUAUGACAAAGGGUUUAUGGAGAAAAAUUCACGUGAAGACAUUCGAAUGUGGCUGCAAGCGUUGGCGAUCAUUACGAUCAUUUUGUCAUUGAUCGGUGCUCUACGAUCAACACUCAAAUUCACUCGCGCUGUCUUCUUCAACUGAUCUCCCCGAUAUUUACUCUUAAACACCAAACUGUAUUGAAUUUAGUAGCAUUUAGGUUCAAUCAUGAUUAGACUUUUUUUUCUUUCAAAUCAAUCUAGAAUGUAUGUAAUUAUUUUUAUUGACAUACUAAUACGUAAACAUUUUUUAUUCAAAUAUACAAACAAUGAUGUUAAAUAAUAAUUAAUUAUGUGACAAUUUUAAUCACCAAUAGAUUAUAUAUUGCAAUUUCAGCCACUGGGUAAACUGAUUUGAACUUUAUUGAUAAGCUGAGCUCGCAAACGCAUCGCUCUGAGCGCUGAAUUUCUAUACGAAAUGUGUUUAACAAUCAAAACAAUCAAUUUUCAAUGAAUUCCGUUUAUCAAAUGCAUCAAUUCACAGCAGUUUUACUAUCGGAAACUAUUGUCGGCUUGAAAUGCUGAGAAACAAUUAUAAUGCAACGACGCGGUUAUAAUUCAGUGAAAUUUGAUAUGUAAUAAAAUCUUCAUGUUUGACAUGUAAGCUGAUUUAUAUUUAGUUUGUUUUUGACGAAAUUUGUGUUAAGAGUUUGAAUACGCAUGACAUUG